AGAAUUGCAAUACAUUUACGUUAUUACGAUUAUUAUUUGUAUAUUUAAUACAAGUACUUAUUGUUUAUGUAGUAAUAAUACUUUAACAAAAUCUUUAUAAUACAGUUUGUGGGAAAACAUUCCACAGUAGUAUACUGCAAAACGAUAAAACAUGUCAACAGGACCAUAUAAUUAUUCUUAUAUCUUCAAAUACAUUAUUAUAGGAGAUAUGGGAGUAGGAAAAUCAUGCUUACUGCAUCAAUUUACAGAAAAAAAAUUUAUGGCAGAUUGCCCACAUACUAUUGGUGUUGAGUUUGGAACAAGAAUUAUUGAAGUUGCAGGGCAAAAAAUAAAAUUACAAAUAUGGGACACUGCUGGUCAAGAACGUUUUAGAGCAGUUACUAGAUCUUAUUACCGAGGUGCAGCUGGAGCAUUAAUGGUCUAUGAUAUAACUCGUCGUUCAACUUAUAAUCAUCUUAGCAGCUGGCUUACAGAUACAAGGAAUUUAACAAAUCCAAGCACUGUUAUAUUUUUAAUCGGAAAUAAAAGUGAUUUAGAAGGUCAACGAGAUGUUACAUAUGAAGAAGCAAAACAAUUUGCUGAUGAAAAUGGUCUUAUGUUUGUAGAAGCUAGUGCAAAAACAGGCCACAAUGUUGAAGAGGCCUUUUUGGAAACAGCAAAAAAAAUAUUUCAAAGUAUACAAGAUGGCCGUUUGGAUUUAAAUGCAGCUGAAUCUGGAGUUCAACAUAAUCCAAGUCAACCAGGUCGUACUAAUCUUCAAGGUGUAUCUAAUGAACAACAAGGUGGAAAAGAUUCUUGCUCCUGUUAGGUCUAUAUUUGUUUGUAUAUAGAAAUAUGAAUUCAUCGGUACUAUUGAUGCAUAUAUGAUUUGUACUAAGUAUAGUAAGCAAAUAGUCUCCUGUCUUUAUCCCUUUCAUAUGUGAGAUCUAUUCAAAGAGAGAUAUCAAUUUUUUUUCUAGUUAGAUUUGAUUUACAGAAAUGAAAUACAGAUAUAUGAUUUAGUCUACAUAUGCAUAUAAAUUGUACUGAUAACAGUUUGUAUUAACAUUGAAAAUAAUAUUGAUAUUUCAAUGUUAAAGCUUUUUUAUGGUUAUUGUAAUUUGCAUAUAUGCAAAUAUUAUUGCAUAUGCUGUAUACUUUAUUGCAUAAAAAAAUUGAAUAUUAGGUAAUAUAUUGUACUCACAAAUCUUACACGUAUAUUGUACACAUGUACAUGUACAUGAUAUAAAAUAUUUACUUGAUCACAAAAGAAUAUGAUAAAUGUGAAUAUGACACAGCCAAAUAAGAUAAACAUUUAUCAUUGUAAAUUGAAUUUGUGUAACAAGAUUGAGCACGUUUGAUCAUGUUUGUUAUAUAAUUUGCAAUUUGAAAGUUAUUGUAUUAUAAUCUUAAGUGCAAAAGAUUGUUAAUAUAUCUGAAUUUCUCAAUAGCAUCAGAGUUGUCAUAAAAUCGCAUAAUGAAAAAUAGAAUUAAUGUCAA